AUGUCAGGAGGUCAGAUUGUGACUCCAUCAAAAGGUGCUGAAAUGGUAGAACUGAUCAAUGCCACCAUUGGAGAAGAUGUGUUAUUUUCCAUAAAUUGUACACCUUGUCUGAAUCAAUCAAUAGAAUGGAAGAAAUGUGGGACAAGCCAACCCAGUAUCAUAUCCCUCCCCUAUGGCGAACGUGAGAUCACUAUCUUUCAAGGUUACAAAGGACGGGUGAAAGAUUUUAAAGAUGGCUCCUUUGUAUUAACUAACAUUCAACUGAAUGAUACAGGAUAUUACACUGUGACACUGUCAGAUAUCACUACAGGGAAGCAAGUGACAAUAACAAAACAGUUGCUUAUCAUUGCCAAAACAAAUGAUCUCAAUGAUGAACAGAUUAAACAUGGAGAAAAUAUGACAAGAAGUGCUGAGUUCAACAAAAGUUGGAAAUUCACUGCCAUUAUCAUUAGUGUCAGUCUGCUUGGAACAAUUGUAAUCUGUGUUAUACUCACAUACUUCAUAUGGAGAAGACUGCAGAAAAAUUCAGUCACUGAGAGUCCAGGUGUGAAGAGGAAUGAGAACUUAAAUAGCAAUGUUCCAGAGAUUGUUUAUUCAACCUAUGUAGGUGCAUAUGCUAACUAUGGGAAGUCAUGUCAAACAACUCCUUUGGAUCAAACUUGA